AUUGGCUGGAUUCCCGAGGUAUGCGGUUAUGCAAAUGAGGUGGGCGGGCCUGUGGAAAGGAGUAGGUGACGUCAGUUCCCCCAUUCGCAGAGAGCGAAACAAACAUGGCGACAGACUCGAGUGGACGGGGGUUUACGCUGACUUUAUUCGUCUUUUCUUGUGUUUUCGCGGGCCGGCAGACCGAGGCGGUGGUUUCGGAGUCAAGGGGCGACACUCGGAUACUCGGCAUGAGGCUGGAGACGAGCGACACGCCGGCCGAGACCACCGAGAGGGGGGUUAUUCAGGUGACCGAGGGCAGCGACACCUUCUUCAGGUUCUACGGGCUCCACUUGUCCCCGGACAGCUGGAAGCUCAUCGGCUUCACGGAACUUUACUGCAGCGACAAAGAGGACGACGCUUUCGGCGCAGUCACGGCCCCCUUCAAUAGGACUUGUCCCGAACUCACGAAGGAUAUAGUAGUGAAGGAGUCCAUGGAGGUGAGCAACCAGAACACCUCCGGGGUGGUUAACCUGAAGAUCAAGCAGCUCCGUAAGAGCGAGGCGGUGAAGGUGUUCGGCUUGUGCGUCCGAGACCAGGACGAGAAGGAGCCAACGUGGUACCUGCUGGACGACAAGGACGGCAGGCUGCGGGUGGUGGAGGAGAAGAAGUCCCUGCUGCCCAUCUGGCUGCAGGUGAUCCUCAUCGCCUUCCUGCUGGUGCUGUCCGGUAUGUUCAGCGGGCUCAACCUGGGGCUGAUGGCGCUGGACCCGAUGGAGCUCCGCAUCGUGCAGAGCUGCGGCACCGAGAAGGAGAAGAAGUACGCGCGGAAGAUCGAGCCCAUCCGCAGGAAGGGCAACUACCUGCUGUGCUCGCUGCUCCUCGGAAACGUGCUGGUCAACACCACCCUCACCAUCCUCCUGGACGACCUCACCAUGUCCGGGAUCGGCGCUGUGGUCGCCUCCACUGUCGGCAUCGUGAUUUUCGGCGAGAUCGUCCCGCAGGCGCUCUGCUCCCGGCACGGUCUGGCGGUCGGGGCCAACACCAUCAUGGUCACCAAGCUGUUCAUGCUGUUAACCUUCCCUCUGUCGUGGCCCAUCAGCAAGCUCCUCGACUGCGUCCUGGGCCAGGAGAUCGGCACCGUGUACAACCGGGAGAAGCUGGUGGAGAUGCUCAAAGUCACCGAGCCCUACAACGACCUGGUGAAAGAGGAGCUCAACAUGAUCCAAGGCGCGCUGGAGCUCAGGACCAAAACGGUGGAGGCCGUCAUGACCCCGAUCAGAGACUGCUUCAUGAUCCACAGCGACGCCGUGCUGGACUUCAACACCAUGUCCGAGAUCAUGGAGAGCGGAUACACGAGGAUACCUGUGUACGAGGACGAGCGGUCCAACAUCGUGGACAUCCUGUUUGUCAAGGACCUGGCCUUCGUGGACCCGGACGACUGCACCACCCUCAAGACCAUCACCAAGUUCUACCACCCGGUCCACUUUGUGUACGACACCAAGCUGGACUCCAUGCUGGAGGAGUUCAAAGAAGGUUUGUGGGAAGUUCUGUGCGUGCGGUGCGGUCGCAGUUAG